CACCACCCACCACCGUGGCCUCUUCUCACGGCAACAUAAAAUCCUACCCUUAAAAACACCAAGCUACAACCGACUCGACUUAUCUCAUUCCAUCUUUGUCCCACUCUUCCUUGCUUCCACCUGUCAAAUCGCAAUCGCAACUGCGACUCCUCUGCUGUUCACAUCCUCCAACAGUAGGUUGCUUCGCUCACAAUGCGUUUCGCUGUCGGUGCCAUCGCGCUUCUUGCUGCCUCCGUGCAAGCACAGGAGCAGGCUCCCUUGGUCGACGAGGAGGUAUCUUCCUCGACUUCGAUCGUGAAGCCAACAUUCACUCCCACAACCCUCAAAGCUCCCUUCUUGGAGCAGUUCACGGACGACUGGGAAUCGAGGUGGAAGCCAUCACACGCGAAGAAGGAUGACAAGUCUACAGAAGAGGAGUGGGCCUACGUCGGCAACUGGGCCGUCGAGGAGCCUACCGUCCUCAAGGGCGUUGAGGGCGAUAAGGGUCUCGUCAUCAAGGACAAAGCUGCCCACCACGCCAUCUCGGCCAAGUUCCCCAAGGCCAUCAACAACAAGGGCAAGACCCUCGUUGUUCAGUACGAGGUCAAGCUUCAGAACGGUCUCGAAUGCGGUGGUGCCUACUUGAAGCUCCUCCAGGAGAACAAGGCUCUCCACCAGGAAGAGUUCUCCAACGCCUCCCCCUACAUCAUCAUGUUCGGUCCUGACAAGUGCGGUGCAACCAACAAGGUCCACUUCAUCUUCCGACACAAGAACCCCAAGACCGGAGAGUACGAGGAGAAGCACCUCAAGAACCCCCCGACGGCCCGUAUCGUCAAGACCUCCUCCCUCUACACCUUGAUUGUCAAACCCGACAACACUUUCGAGAUCAAGAUCGACGGCGAGUCUAUCCGCAAUGGAACUCUCCACGAGGACUUCUCCCCCUCCGUCAACCCUGAGAAGGAAAUUGACGAUGUCAAUGACAAGAAGCCUGAAGACUGGGUCGACGAGGCUCGCAUCGCCGACCCCGAGGCCAAGAAGCCCGAGGAUUGGGACGAGGAGGCUCCAUUCGAGAUUGUUGAUGAGGAGGCCACCAAGCCCGACGACUGGCUCGACGAGGAGCCCCUCACCGUCCCCGACCCUGAAGCUGAGAAGCCCGAGGACUGGGAUGACGAGGAGGAUGGUGACUGGAUUCCCCCUACUGUUCCUAACCCCAAGUGCGACGAGGUCACCGGCUGUGGCCCCUGGUCUCCCCCCAUGAAGAAGAACCCCGACUACAAGGGCAAGUGGAGCGCUCCUUUCAUCGACAACCCUGCCUACAAGGGUGUCUGGGCCCCCAAGAAGGUCAAGAACCCCAACUACUUCGAGGACAAGACUCCCUCCAACUUUGAGCCCAUUGGCGCUAUUGGUUUUGAGAUCUGGACUAUGCAGAACGAUAUCCUCUUCGACAACAUCUACAUUGGUCACUCUGCCGAGGAUGCUGACAAGUUGAAGGAAGAGACCUUCGUUCCUAAGCUCGCUGCGGAGAAGGCUGAGGAGGAGGCCAACGCUCCCAAGCCCGAGGAUCCCAAGACUCCCUCUGAUCUCUCCUUCAAGGACGACCCUGUCCGAUUCGUUCAGGAGAAGCUCAACCUCUUCAUCGAGAUUGCCAAGCGCGAUCCCGUUGAGGCCGUCAAGUUCGUUCCCGAGGUCGCCGGUGGUCUUGGUGUUAUCGUUGUCGCCAUCAUUGCCAUUCUUGCCUCCGCCCUCGGCGGUGGCGCUGCCCCCUCCAAGGAGCAGGUCAAGGCACAGGCAAAGAAGGCUAAGGAUGCUGCUGUGGAUGCAAAGGACAAGGCCGCUGAGGCUGUGACCACUGGUGCCGAGAAGGCCCAAGCUGAGGUCAACAAGCGCACCACCCGUUCAAACGCCUCAUAGAUAUGCAAUGUAGCGUAGCUGGAGGAUCGAUCGUUUUAGGGCGAGGGUAGCAGCGAUGAAUGAUCCCACAAAAGGAGAGACACGUUCAACAGGGACGGAGAAGAAGACGUCCACGAUUUCAUUCGAAUCCAUUCGAUCCCAUUACCUUGGAUUUAGGUACAUUGAUAUAUUGCUUGGGGGGCGUGCAAAAGGCGCUAUGAUAUUGUAUGAUAGUUGCUUUUCAACAAUGACAUGAAUAAUAACACGUUAAAACAAAUUGGCAUGACUUUGAGAUUUUAUCAAUGGUGAAAACGGGAAAGGAAGAGGAACGCAAUGAGGUUGGGAAAGUUGCAUUGUCGGCGGGGACAGCUAUAGUAGCGUGCGUCAUUGGGGAUGGUCUUGAUCUCGUUGAGGUGGUGAACUUCCGUGACGCUCCCCACACUCAUACGAAAGAUCACCUACGUGCCUACCUAU